AAUCCGGCGGUGGUUGGACUCCGACCACCGCACCUGUCCGAUUACCAAGCUGCCUCUUCCUGAGCACCCAUCUCUCAUCCCCAAUCACACUAUAAGGUCCUUAAUUUCCAACUAUACUGACAUUUCCAACGACACUAUAACAUUUGCGAAAUGAGCUCCAACGAAACCUCCCCUGUUAUUGCAUUCUUCAAGAUGUUGAAUCUCUUCCCUUUCUUCGACGCAAUCGACACUAUAGCACAGACACACUUCAUCUCGGAUGCAAUAAAUGAAGCCAUCAUAUCUUACAAUGGAAACUUCAGGCUUGGAUUUUUCAGCCCCAUCAACUCUCCUAGCCAAUACAUAGGCAUAUCCAGGAUCGCUGGAGAUGGGAACCUUGUCGUUUUCAACGCCAAUGGGAACACUCCUAUCUGGUCCACUAAUGUUUCCCUGCCAAGCAUCAACUCAACAUCAAAGCUCUUACCUUCAGGUAAUCUCAUUUUGCUACUUAGAAAUGGGUCCAGUGAAACCACCACCAACCUAUGGCAAAGUUUUGAUCAUCCCACUGAUACGGUCCUACCUGGAAUGAAAUUCGGGUGGAAUUGGAAAACAGAGGUGAAACAGGUCUUGACUUCUUGGAAGUCAAGUGAUAACCCUGCAAUUGGGGAUUUCCCUGCUGGGAUUAGCCUGAAUGGCUCACCAGUGUACUUCUUUUACAAGAACUCGAUUCCCUACAAGCGGGGUGGCCCCUGGAAUGGUCGGAAUUUGAACGGGAUAGCUGAAAUGCCAAGCUGGCUAAGAAACUCAGGGACUGAUCAAAGCUUUAUAAUUUCUCUCUUCAACUAUAGCUUUGUGAAGAAUGAAGAAGAAACAUACGUAAUGUUCCAUGCACCCAAUUCUUCUAUUUUCUCAAGACUGGUCGUACAAUAUGAGGGAACUGUGGCGGUAUUUCUUUGGUAUGAUGAUAUCCAGGGCUGGCGUUCAUUCUUCGUGCAACUAGGUGAUGUUUGCAGCAUUUAUGCCCGAUGUGGGGCCUAUGGUGUGUGUAACUUCAACAAUGUCAUCCAGUGUUCAUGUUUGGCGGGAUUUGAAGCUAUAACACCUCAAGGCUUGGCCUUAGGCUGUGUAAAGAAGAGAAAAUACCAAUGUGGGAAGGAAGCAGGACAAGGGUUCUUGAAGUUGCCAAAUGUGAAAAUUCUUGAUGCAAGUAGGGCUCGACGGUUUGGAAAUUUGAGUUUGCAAGAGUGUGAACAGGAGUGUUUGAGGGACUGCAAUUGUAUAGGGUAUGCUAGUACAGAUAUAAAUGGAGGUCUUGGGUGCUUAGCUUGUAAUGAUGCGCUGAAGGAUAUGCAGCGAUAUAAGCUUGCUUUUGGGCAGGAUUUUUACCUUCGAGUCGAUGAACUUGAUCUGGCUGCAACAGAUAAUUUUUCUCCAGUUAGAAAGCUUGGACAAGGAGGAUUUGGCCCAGUUUAUAAGGGUCAACUUUGCAACGGACAGGAGAUAGCUAUCAAAAGGUUGUCAAAGAACUUUGGACAAGGCAUGGUUGAAUUCAAAAAUGAAGUUUUAUUGAUUGCAAAACUUCAACACAGGAAUCUGGUCAGGCUUAUUGGUUGUUGCAUUGAAGAGGAGAAAAGGAUGUUGAUAUUUGAAUACAUGCCAAAUAGAAGCUUGGACUAUUUUAUAUAUGGUAUGACUUCUAAACUGUCUUGUUUUUGCACAAAUCUCCUUAUAUGUGAGAUUGAAAGCAGAUCAAUCCAAAAAGGAGAUGCUGAAUUAGGUAUGGAAACUGUGGGAAAUGACAAGGCCUUGGAGGCAGUUGACUCAUUUAUCAAGGAUUCAUGUCCUAUUCUUGGAGUUUUGCGGUGCAUUCAUCUAGGACUCUUGUGCGUGCAAGACAGUGCAGAAAACAGGCCAACAAUGUCAAAUGUUAUCUUCAUGCUAAGCAAUGAAACAACUCCCCGUCUCAAAAACAACCCACUUUUGCUAUUAAUAGGAGAAGGUGCUAUGUUGAUCCCAUCUCAGUUACGACAGAAACAAAUACUUCCUCAGUAAAUAAGGUGACUCUUACAGUUCCUGAUGCUCGUUAACUUCUUUAACAACAAAGAACUAUCCAUUUUAUAUAAGAUCUCAGUAAUGCCCUAGGAAAUUGAGGAUAAUUAUAUCAAAUUAUGAGUUUCUUCCUCCUUUCAAGCAUGAAGAGGUUGGUUGCUUCCUCUGUACAAAAGUGAAAUAGAUUAUGUUACUAAAU